GUUGCACCCAAGCAAUUUGACAUCAAACUUCCUAUCUUAUGAAUUUGGCGUUGAUAUAGCUUUGGGGAGAUCGAAUCUUUGCUCCCAAGAACCCCUGCGCACACUCAAUGCGCUGAUGGUCCCGUAGCUCCGAGACAUACCUUAAUUCUGCGCACACGCUGCGUUCGCUUGAACGAUACAUUCGAUAGUUUCCGACGACACCACUGGCGCGAUGUAUGCAUGAACGACCGCUAUACAACUGGAAACGUUGUUUGAGCGCGUGAAUUGCUACGAUGGCACGUCGCAAGGAGGCUCCGAUGGUCCGCCGCAGGACGAAGGAGAUCGAUGCGCUCGUUGCGCAAAUGAAUGCGAUCCAUAUCGAAGACGAGUACGCCGAUGUUGCUGCGAUCACAGAAGACCUUGACCGCAAGCCAUUCCGCUUCUUCGACCUACCAUACGAACUGCGCCUGCGCGUCUACGAGCUAUUGCUUGUCUUCCCCAAAACGAUGGAUCUCGAUCCCACGAACCACCGCACCGUCGCGCCAUCCCUCCGAAUGUUCUACACGUGCCACCGCAUGCAUGACGAAGCCUCGCACGUCUUCUACGGCCGCAACACAUUCCGCCUCUUCCCCAUACACGGCCGCUACAUCAAUGCGAAAUACCCGCUGUUCGCGCGCCUGCCGCGCAAGUACCGCGCGCUUAUAACGAGGCUGGAACUGCGGCUAGGACCAGGCUUUACGCGCCCGCCGAAAGGAUGGGUUGUGGAUAGCCGGCUGGGGCUUACGGCGGUGGCGAAGGCGUACAAGCUGAGGAUCUUUGUGGAAGUUGACCCAGCGUCGAGUGAGAUCUUCGAGGGAUUCAGGACUGGCGAGGAGACGUUUUAUACCGAGUAUUGUGUUGGGCUGCUGAGGGCUUUGCUGGCACAGAUUCCGGUGGUAAGUGAGGUUGAGUUUGAUGCGUAUCCCAGUGUGAGUAAGAACAGUCCGCUGCUGAAGGGCUUGCUGGACGAGGCGAAGCUCAAUCAGAAGAGGAUUGCGUGGGGGCCGGAGAGGGGGUGGGAUAAGAUCGUGGAUAAAGAUUUGGUGGGUAUACUGGAGAAGAUGGGCUUGGGUGGCCUUUGGUCGUAGCAUCUACAAAUGAGAUGAGUUAUGACA